AUGCCUCGGGAUAACUCGACAGUGGUUGUUGUUCUCUUCCCUGGGAAGCAUCCAGAUUGCCGACAAUACAUCGAUAUACCCGAUUUCGGACCGUUUCCUCUGGAUACCGGCGUUGUCGAUGAUCAAGGGAAGUGCCCAGGAAACUCCUCAGUUGUCGAAAGCUACCGCGGAUUCGAUUACCUUGGUCAGGCCCUGGCUGCGGAGGGCUACAUCGCCCUUUCCAUCGAUCCGCUCAUGCUCAACAAUGCACAAGCAGUCGCAGAUGAUCCCAACCUAAACAGAGCCCGCGCUCGGCUGCUGUUGCGCACUCUAGAGAAGCUUGAGCUGUGGAACACAAACCCAGUUGAGAGCCCCAGAGCCCUCGGCCGGGAUAUUUCUGGAUCCAUUGACACAACGGCCAUAGGACUUAUGGGGCACUCUCGAGGCGGCGCUGCAGCACGGAUUGCUGCCAACUUGCUGAUGACACCUGAGAGACUGGCGUUCAGAGACUGCAAUGAUUGGUCUUCGCGACUAAAGUCGAGGAUUGCGGCGGUGUGGGAAGUCGCUCCCUUCGUUAGUCCCGAGGGCGGCAAAGAUGUUGCAGUCGUCGGAUCGGCCUGGGGCCUACUCGCAGCUGGUUGCGAGGACGAUGAAGUUGAUUUUGCUCCAAACUACUACAUAACUGCCUACGGCGCUGGCCACAACUUCUUCAAUUCGGAGUGGAGCACUACCUUUGACCUGUGCUUGGGCAGUCAGUCGGUCACCUACGAUCCUUCCACACCUACAUUUCCAUACUCUCUUGGGAACGGACAGAGCGUUGAUGUUCCGCUCGUCGAGCAAUCGAGUUUCCAGCAAGGGGUGCUGAAAUGGGCACUUACCGCCUUCAUCAAAGCACACGUCGGUAGCAAGGCCAAUCCCCAGCUUGCGGCUGAGCUGGUGUCAACAACCAGGUCUUCGCCACACGACGUAAUCACAAAGGUGGAAAUUGGUCGUGCGAAUCCGAACCUAGCGUCGUCAAAAGUUCUUCAGUACUUCGAACGGACCGAAGGCAUUGUUGUCACGCCCUCCAGUAAUCGCUACGUGCGUACUUUCGCCGAACACGCCGAACGUCAGUUUCCUUCAUUUAAAGCUGAUGUGGAGAAAUUUGGUCUUCCACGCAAUCUUCUCUUCACGCCAGUGCAAGGGCCGCUUAGGCUUGUAGCUGACGCCAAAUACGACAAAGGCGUAGUAAUAGGCUUGCCAGCAGCGAACGCUACGUCAAUAUUCGUUCCCUAUCAUUAA